AUGUUGGCCCCAGCUGUACCAGAGAUCACGGAAGAGAACCUACACGAGUCGAUUGAUGCCCGUACCGAGUCGCUCCUAACACUGCGCGAGCUUGGCCCGCCUGACCUGGUCCACCUCCUGAGGCAAAGCACACGCAACCCACUGAAACAGUCUGGUGUUUAUCAUCAUGUCACCGGUGUCGAUGCAUCCUCCUCUGCCAGUCUUGCGGCAUAUAUCAACACUCUCACAUACAAAGAGCACGGGCCUAGUGCGACCUCUAAGAUUGUCGAAGGCGUCUUUUGUUGCUACAAUGCAUUCUCCAGGCUUGACAUGCGAGUUCACGUUUCCAUCCCUGGGACGGUCGAGAGCUACUGCGUUGACGAGCGGGGCGAAAAGCGGAAGGCCUCCGAGGAUCUCUGGCUAGAAACAUAUCUCUGCAGUGUUCUUCGUGCAUACUCUUAUGCUGAUGACGGAAGUGGUGACACAAUUCGCAAAAUCAUGGGCGUGCGCCGCUUCAACCCGGUCACAAACACCGAAGCCGAACACCGUUUCCUGUUUGCUGCUGAGCAGCUCUUUUUCCGCGGAUGGCAGCUCGGCUCUGACUCUGUAGUGCAAGUUCCGACGAAUGUUUCGAACCAUCUGACCACCGGACUCCUGAAAUACCUCGAGACUACCGGUCGCUAUGCUUCGGGCAUUAACCUGUUCGAGAAGCUUCGUACGCAAAGCAUUGAAGUCUCCUCACUGCUUGCCAAGGUCCAGUUUAUGGGCAGCGAAGAAGUCGCUGGCGUCAAUGUGCUCUACGAAUCGCUUCAGCAAACACCUAUGGACUAUGUCAUGUUGGAUACACAAGCCGAGUUCUUGAUGAAGAAGGCGCAAAAGGCCGAGACACCGGAGCAACGAACCGACCGACUUAAAAUGGCAAUGGGGUGUGCAGACCGUAGUACGGUUGCCGCCCCAAGCGAAUUCGGAACCUGGGCCAGACUUGCUCAGGUCUAUGUUGCGAUGGAGGACUGGGAGAAUGCACUCACGACACUUAACUCGUGUCCGAUGUUUACAUAUCAAGACAAGGACGCGCCGUUGAUGCCAGAGCCCAAGGAAGUUCAACUUCCUAUUCUCACCGAAACUAGACUAGACGAGAUUGACAGCGAACCCGAGUCGAGAUUCUCCGAGCAGGUCGACCCGAGCAUCUUGGGGCUGCGAGCGGCUGCCUAUCGCGGUACCUUCAAACAAGCAUACAGUAUUCUGACAGAGAUGACGUCAAAGAUUGGCUGGGACCAGCUGCUCAAGAUUCGCAGCACAGUAUUCGUAAUGGAAGACGAGUACCGCACGGAGAAACAUGAGGCAACGCAGGGUGCUCAUAAACGAACCCCCAGCACCGACGGCCUCCGCGGAACUCCCGAUCCAACCUCCAACGGUGACGACAAAGCCGAAGCUGAGGGAGAAGACAAGGGCAAGGAAACGGAGCAGACAAAUGGCGAAGAGAAUGGCGUUGAGCGUCCUUCCAAUACCAUCGACCCCAAAAUCCUAAAGGGAGAUCAGGAGAAUGGUGACGGCGAGGAGGUUCUGUCGAAGCUCAACACGAAGCGUUUGUGUGAACGAUGGCUGGACAGCCUGUUCAUGGUCUUGUACGAAGACCUGCGUGUGUAUACGAUUUGGCGCACCCAGAUGGCGCAGUACCGCGCACAGCAGAUGCAGUAUAAAAAGUCCGCGGAGGAAUGGGAAAUCCUGGGCUCGCUCGCUGAGCGUCUGCAGCACUUUGACGAAGCUGUUGAGGCGUACCGGGCGUGCUUGUCGCUGCGAUUCAGCCCGAAGGCCCUUUCCGGUGUUCUCCGCGUUUACGAACGAUCCAAGAGCACCCGCGAGAGCGUCGCAUCCGUCAUUCGACUGGUUACUUGGCAGUACCGAUGGUACAGCGAAUUCAGCCCGGAGCUGCUGCACACUAUUCGCACGCUAAUCGAGGAUGAGGGCGCCGUCAAGGUGCGGAGCAUAAUACAGGCUACCAGCCUGCCCCAGGCUGUACUUGAUCUCACCCAUCACUAUGCCGCCCUUUGUGCAAACUUUCGCAGCAGCGGCACGGAGGGCUAG